AUGGCCCAACCAAAAUUCGAGAAGAAUCCGCCCCACAAUGACUCCCUAAUCCUCUCCUUCCCAACCCCCCACAUCCUACUCGUGACUAUCAACCGCGAGAAGGCAAUGAACUCAAUCCCCUUCGCCGUCCACUGGGCCAUGCACGCCCUCUUCACGUGGUUCGACGCCGAGCCCGAGCUCCGCGUCGCCGUCAUCACUGGCAAGGGUAAGAAGUCUUUCUGUGCCGGCCAGGAUCUGAUCGAGUUGGGGAAGCGGCGGGAGGCUGCUGCGGGUGGGAAAGGUGGGGAGGGAAGUGAGGAUGCGAAGAUUGUAGAGAUGGUCAGGAGCAUGGCUGGGCAUCCGCCGAGCGGGUUCGCGGGGAUCAGUAGGAGGGUGGGGAAGAAGCCGAUCAUUGCGGCGGUGAAUGGCUUUGCGUUGGGUGGGGGGUUUGAGAUUGUUCUUAAUUGUGACAUGGUCGUGGCCUCGCCAAACGCUACGUUCGGCCUUCCGGAGGCGCUUCGCGGUAUCUAUGCUGGUGCUGGUGGUCUGCCACGCCUGCUACGAAACACGUCGCUUCCACUCGCCAAUGAAAUUGCCCUCACUGCGCGAUUCCUGACAGCUCAGGAAGCGCUGAACUUCCAGCUCAUCAACAAGGUCUCCAAGUCUCAAGAAAGUGUGGUUGAUGAAGCCAUUGCACUGGCCGGAAAGGUUGCUGCCAUCAGUCCAGAUGCCAUUAUCGUCAGUCGUGCUGCGAUUCGCGAGGCUUGGGAAAGGGACAGCGUUGAACGCGCUUUCCAGACGGCAGAUGAUCGAUGGCGGGAUGGCUUGAUGAGUGGUGAGAACACGAGAGAGGGCUUGCUGGCCUUCAAGGAGAAGAGACAGCCGAAGUGGAAGCCGAGCAAGCUGUAG